AUGAAUGAAAACGCCAACACUUCCUCCGAAACUAUUUCGCCUAGCGUCGAGUCUCUAAAUGUAAACACUGACGCAAAGCUUAUACUAUUUAGCCACGAGUUUCCGAGCGGCGAUGUCAAAGAUUUAUUACGCAGGCUCCAUAGAUAUGCCAAGUUGCCUCGAUAUUCUCAGCUUGCUCGCUUCUUGCACGAGUGCGCUUCGGUCCUGAAACAAGAAGUCCAGAAGCUGCCAAGGCCGCUGCGUGACCAAGUUCCGCCAUUUCAAGAUGUAGUUACUCUGACUUCUCACUGGGAAAAGCUCAAGGCUAGCUCUCUAUGUGGCACUUGGGAGGGUGCUUUCCUCUGCAUCUAUGAGAUUGCCAUGCUCAUUGGACAUCAUGAAGCAAAUGAUAUUCCAUACUCCUAUGGGACAGAAGAGAGCGUCUCAACAGCCUGUUUGGCUGGCAUCAGCGUUGGGCUCUUUCCAGCCGCAGCAGUAGCUGUAUCCACCUCUCUCGUCGACCUUGUCUAUUAUGGAGUUGAAAGCGUUCGGAUGGCAUUUGCCUUUUGUGUUCACGUGGGCCGUAUUUCGCAGCUUCUUGAGCCAACUGAUCGUAACGAAUCAGUGAAAUCAUCCGUUAGCUGGGCCUCUGUGGUAAUAGGCGUCCCAGCUGAAGUAAUCCAAGCGGAAUUGGAUCGCUUCAACGGUCAACAAGAGUUGAUCGAUAGUGGAACUACGACAGCGCCUCUGACAAAGGUCAGUAUCAGCCACGUUGACCAAGCCUCGGUUGGUGUCACUGGCCCUCCAGCUCGUCUUGAGAAGCUCUUUUCCCAAUCAGAGAUACUGGGCUCAUCUCGCCACUCACCGCUACCAAUCUCGGGUGGUCUUUGCCAUGUAUCCAAUGUGUACGACCUCGAUGAUGUCCGUUCCAUCCUUGAGACAGCGAAAGUCUGGGAGAGAUGGGGUUCCCGCUCUGUCCGGUUACCGCUGCUAUCGCCUUACACGGGAGGCCCAUUCAUGGCAUCAGAUGCAUAUCAUCUGAUAGAAGCCAUCUGCACCGAAGCUCUAACUAGGCCGUUGUAUUUUGGCAAGCUCGCCGACGGUGUGGUGGUGCAGCUUUCUCAUAACGCGGAACUGGACAUGCCGUCUUGCCAAAUUCUCUAUUACAGGACAUCACUCAUUUCAGAUACAAUUAUAUCCGACAUCACAGAUAAACUGCCAUCUAUUAAAAUACAGCGGGAUGACCUGGUGGAAUGGGCCAUGCAAGAUGAAUACACAUUUGACCAGCCUCACGGCAUCUCAAGCACCCCACAGAAUUCCAAGCUGGCCAUUGUUGGUAUGGCAUGCCGCAUGCCAGGUGGUGCUGAUAGCCCCGAGGAAUUCUGGAAACUUUUAGUAAAUGGUGUUGAUACUCACACCAUUGUUCCGCCGGAUAGAUUCGACGUCGAGGCGCAUUUUGAUCCCACUGAUGAGAUGGAAAACAGCAUUGGAACAAAAUUUGGAAAUUUUAUAGCAAAUCCUGGACAUUUUGAUGCUGGAUUCUUCAACAUGUCCCCGCGUGAGGCUGAACAAACAGACCCGAUGCAGCGUCUAGCCCUUGUGACGGCGUAUGAAGCGCUAGAGAUGUCCGGCUUCGUGCCGAAUCGGACGCCUUCAUCUCAUGUAUCACGGGUAGGGACGUACUACGGUCAGGCUAGCGAUGAUUAUCGUGAGGUAAAUGCAAGCCAGAAGAUUGGCACCUACGGGAUCCCUGGUACAGAACGGGGUUUUGGAAACGGCCGCAUCAACUAUUUCUUCAAAUUCCAGGGGCCUAGUUUCAACAUCGACACGGCAUGCUCUAGUGGUUUAGCUGCCGUUCAUGCGGCCUGCUCAGCACUGUGGGCUGGUGAUGCUGACACGGCUAUCGCCGGAGGUCUCAAUGUUAUUACGAACCCAGAUAUUUACUGCAUGUUGAACAAGGGACAUUUUUUGUCCAAGACAGGCCAGUGUAAAGUGUGGGAUGCCGCAGCCGACGGAUACUGUCGCGGAGACGGAGUCGGUUCGGUGGUCAUCAAACGGCUUGACGAUGCCCUUGCGGAUAACGACAACAUAUUGGCAACUAUCGUAGCUGGUGCUACAAAUCAUUCAGCAGAGAGUAUUUCUAUCACUCAGCCACAUGCUGGUGCCCAGAAAGACAAUUAUCGUCAAGUAAUGGACAGUGCGGGUGUCAAUCCUCUGGACGUCAAUUAUAUCGAGCUGCACGGUACGGGAACCCAAGUCGGGGAUGCUGUGGAAUCAGAAUCAGUGCUCGACUUCUUCGCGCCUUCAGGUCGCCGUCGAAACUCCAAACAACGUCUACAUCUAGGCGCAGUUAAAUCAAAUAUUGGACACGGUGAAGCUGCUGCAGGAAUUGCCUCGUUGAUAAAGGUCCUGUUGAUGUAUCAGCACAACUCAAUUCCGCGUCAUGUUGGCAUCAAAACGACGAUGAACCCAGUGGUGGUCCAGCAUUUGGCUAACCGAAAUGCCGGUAUCUUGUUCGAAAAUAACCCCUGGCUCCCAAUGUCCAAUGGGGAAAAACGGUACUCUGUUGUAAACAGCUUCGGUGCUCAUGGUGGAAACACAACGUUGUUGCUCGAGGAUGCACCAUUGCAAAGCAUCCAGGGAGAUACUCAUGAAUCUUUCCAAGAAGCGGAAACUUGUCAAGUGGUCUGCAUCUCGGCUAAAAGCAAAGCCUCCCUUCGAGGUAAUAUCAGCGCUUUGCUCCGCUAUCUUGAUGCUAAUAAAGAGACAAAAUUGAGUGACAUCUCCUAUACACAAUGUGCUAGGAGAAUACACCAUCACAUCCGUAUCGCUGCAUCAGUUGCUAGCACUGCCCAGCUGCACAAAUUCCUGGAAGCUGCCGCUGAAAAUGUCGAUGCACAUGCAAAACACGUCUCUACAGCCAAGCAGAGAGCUGUUGUGUUUGCCUUUUCCGGCCAAGGAUGCUUUUACCAAGGUGCUGCAGAGAAAUUGUUCCAGCAUGCGCCCUUGUUUCGCGACCAAGUCCUCCAGCUCGAUCGAGUUGUAUGCCGCUUGGGAUUUCCUUCUGUACUGGCUGUUAUUAUCGGUGAUGCAGCGAGCCUUACUGAUGUUGGCCAGACGAAGGACUCCUCUAGUACUGGUAGCCAGACCGGUUAUGAAACCCCGGCAUCAUCUGAUGGCUCCAGCACAAUCUCUUCGACAGUGACAGUGGAGAGCCCACUUGUCGUUCAGCUCGCCUUGGUGGUCAUACAACUCGCCUUGACGCAGUAUUGGAGACUACUUGGUAUUACGCCUGGAGCUGUUAUCGGCCAUAGUUUGGGAGAAUAUGCUGCAUUCGUUACGGCUGGCAUCUUGUCUGUGGUAGACGCCCUGUAUCUGGUCGGCAAGAGAGCCAAGCUUACGCUCGCCGCUUGUGAGCCUGGCAGCCAUGUCAUGCUGUCUGUCCGUGGUGCCUCGACUGACCGCAUCGCCGAACUGUGCCGAGAGAGUGAGAAAAAGCACCAGUACGAAGUCUCGUGCAUCAAUGGGCUCACAGACGUUGUCAUCAGCGGCCUACGAGCGGAUAUGGUUGCAAUACGUGACAUGCUACAAGAUGCUGGUCUCAAGUGUCUUCUGCUUGACCUUCCCUUUGCUUUUCAUUCUGCGCAGCUAGAGCCCAUAUUAGACUCAUUUGAAUAUGAGGCCAAACGCGUCACAUUCAAAGCACCUAUAAUUCCAGUUAUCUCUCCACUGCUUGGAAAGUGUGUCUCCGAGGGUGGUAUCAUCAACGAGACCUACUUACGGCGUGCCACGCGUGAACCUGUCAAUUUUGUUGCUGCACUGGAUGCUGCCAAGGCAGAUGGUCUUGUUGACGAAAAAGCUGUUUGGAUUGACAUAGGACCUCAGCCCGUUUGUACUUCUUUCGCACGCAAUCACUAUGAUAAGGGAUCGACGCACACUUUUGCAUCACUACGACAAGGAGAUAAUAUGCUUUCUACCUUGACAGGAAGUCUGGCAACUCUGCACUGCCUGGGUCUGCCUGUGGCAUGGAAUGAGUAUUUUGCCUCGUAUGAAAAGUCUCUUCGUCUCAUUCACCUCGAACCGUAUCAAUGGAAUAAGAAGAAUUACUGGCUCCAAUACGAGGGCACUUGGACACUAGACAAAGCGCACCCCGAGCUCGUGAAAACUGAGAAGAAGGACGAACCAGGGCCACCAUCUUUCUUUACAUCGUCCGCGCAACAAGUCAUUCACCAAGAAUUUACCGAAUCUGUAGGGCGGGUGACGUUUCUAUCCAACUUGGCUCACCCCGACUUAGUUGGGGCAGCUAAUGGACACAAGAUAAAUGGACGAAGUGUUGUGACUGGGAGUAUAUGGGCAGAUCUUACCCUCACUGUUGGCGAAUAUUUGUACAAACGCAUGGUACCCGACGCUGACAGGUUAUACAUGGAUGUGAGAAACAUGGAGGUGGUAGAGGCGCAAGUUCUAUACGACCAGAAGUCUUCCGAGUCGGCGCCACCUCACUUUAUUCAAGCCGAAGGAGUCUUGGACAUGUCACACAGGCAGACUCAAAUAAGCUUGUAUACAGCAAAUCCUGAUGGUACUCACAAGUCUGACAAGGCUUUCGCCACAGCCACAGUCGUCUAUGAAGACGCUCAAACGUGGCAAUCUGAGUGGCAGAUAGCUUCACAUCUCGUUGUUUCACGUGCCAAUUCGCUGUGGACGGCGGCGGCAGAUGAAGAUCUUUCAACCGACAUCAAAGUGAGUAAACUUUCCCAGAGUGCCGUUUACCAACUCUUCGCAAACGUGGUAGACUACGACGAACGAUAUCGUGGCAUGCAGCGCGUAGCACUGGCAGAAGACACUCAGGAGGCGACUGCCGACAUCACACUGGAUAUGGACCAUCAUGGCACCUGGCAUACGCCUCCUCACUGGAUUGACAGUACAUUUCAGCUAGCUGGAUUCGUUAUGAAUGCUUUUGGUGUGCAAGGUACUGGACAAACUGCUGGGUCUUCUCGCGACUUCUUUUACAUCACACCGGGAUGGAGUCAUUUCCGGCUCGCUGAGAAGCUUGAGCCGGGCCCUAAUGUCACUUAUCGCAACUACGUCCGCAUGUUCCCUGUUGAGGGAGAACCCGGCGCCUUUGCAGGCGACAUAUAUCUGCUGCGUGGCGAAAAGGUUGCGGGUGUGUGUGCAGGCCUCAAGUUCAAGCGAGUUCCGCGUGCUUUGAUGCCCAUCAUGUUCCCAUCUCGUCAGGCAGGGAAGAAUCGCAACCAGGGUCCUAUUCCUACUCAUAAUAGCAAGAUCACCGCUCCCAGUGGGCCUGAAAAGGUGAAGCCACCAGUUACUACAUCGUCGCACCCACGACGGCAAGAUCCGGUUGUCACAACACAGUUACCAGAACCAAUUGCGCCGACACCACCGCCUACCCAGCAGAAGCCGAAGCAUUCAGGUGGCGAACAAAGCCCCCACGUAAAGGCCUGUCUCGAGCUCAUUGCGGAUGAAACGGGGCUGGAGUUGGAGGAUUUGGCUGGUGAGGCCGCUUUCGCUGAGUUGGGCGUGGAUUCUUUGAUGUCGCUGGCGUUGUCUGGCAAGUUGCGAGCAGAGCUAGGCAUUGAGGUCCAAGCAUCCAUUUUUAUUGAAUGCGCUACUGUUCAAGAGUUGAUCAACUGGCUGAGUAAGUGA